GGAUUAAGUAUUUGAUGCAUAAUUUUUCAUAUAUUGAAUUAAAAGCUUAAUUAAAGAACAAAUGACUACUUUGCAAUGUUCUUAUUGUUCUCUAAGUAUCACUGACGAUAGUUAUUUGCAUUGUGUUGAGUGUGGUGGAGAUGUGCACAACAAGUGCUUAUCCAGGUGUACUCCAGGUGAUUUGCUGGGCGAUGUUUUUUUCGAUUUUACAUGUGCUAAGUGUAUGCAGCUGCAAUAUGAUGGACCUUCCACAUCUAGUGAAGUUUUUAAUGGUGUACUGGAAAAAUUUGUUAGGCAGCGUAUGUCCUGGCUUUUGGUUAUAACCUUAACGCUUUACAAUCUUUCCAUUAAAUCGAAAGGUUUAAGUCGCAAUGGAUAUUUUCACUGGCGAACACAUAUUGUCAACUUCAUUGACAAAAAUUGGGAAUAUUUAUUUGAUCCGACUGUAAAACGACGUAAAAAGUGGACGGGGUCUAUUUCGGGGGCCCUAUCUCAUAAUAGUCCACAAUAUUUCACUUCUGGUCAAGAAUUAUUUGAAGAAACUGGAUGGUGGAAGCUGACCCAUGACAAUAAAACCCCAAAAUAUAUAUUUAAUUUAUAUGAACUACAAUGCUUAAAACGCCAGCAAAUUCGUAAUGAUAAACGUCAGUUAGAUGAUGCAUACGACAGCGAUAAAUCCAAUAACGAUUUGGAUAGCAAGCGCUUUAAAACUAUGGAAUCUGAAGACGAGGAUAUCUCACAAUAUACAUGCAGUCGAAUGAUUCCAUAUAUGGGACGUAAACCCAAAUUGGCCAAGCAGUUGGAUGUAUUAGAUGAUGACCACCUGUUGGGAAAAAUGCCACAGAAUAGUUUACUACCUCUCGAUGAUCCUUCCAUGUCUUUGAAUACGGUACAAUCUAGUCUUAUGGACUUUUUGGCUGAAAGUUUAGCCAGUGAUGAUUUAAACAUGUUCAAUACCUUGCCCAAUAUUGCAUCUGAACCAUUAGUUGAGCCAACGGGGAAAAAUGACAUUUUGCCUUCGUUGCUGGCUCACAGCAAUGAUAAUGCAAACUUUUUUGAAAAUCCUGCAGCUUUAAUAAAAACCGAACCAAUGGAUUUAAAUGGUCAUUUGUAUAGUGAUCUAAGUUCGCAACUACUACUAAAUGAGAAGCUUAAAAGUUUUUAUUCAAGCACAAAUUGUUAUCAACAGCAAGACCUCAAUCCGUUGCACCCACGUUCAGAUCAUACAGCUGGAAUUGCGAAAAACAUAAGCGAAAACAUGUCAUUUGCAUCAGAAAAUAGCAUUCAAACACCACCUCCUGAUACCACUUACUUAGAAAAUGCGCCACAGGAUGAAAAAUAUGAUUCCUCACCACAACUAAGGCCAUGCACCUAUGAUGAAGAUUCAGAUACCGGUAGUGAUGAAUUUUCACCUCGCAUUGUCCAAGUUACAAAUUUCCAACAACUACCGGAAGAGGAUAGAACAAAAAAUUCCAAUAAAUUUGGCAAACAAGAAAAACACCUUGCUGCAAAUACAUCAAGCAGCGAAUUGAAGCAAAAGCAAGCUAAAGCAGGCAACAAGUAUUUGAAAAGCAGCGACGAUGAGGAAGAUGAAAAUGAAGAUCAUACGGAUAAUGAUAUACAAAAGCUCUUAAAGGACUGUAAACCAAGUUUGUUUACCAAGCAACCACGUCGCCAAUGGCCAUGGCUGGUGGAAAAAACAAUAGAUAACCCGGCAGAAGAAAAUUCUGUGGAUUUAUCAUCCGAAACAGUAUCAAAUAAUAAUGCAGAUCUUACCAGAUUAAGCGAGUACGAAGAAAAAGAGUUAUUGAAAAAAUUGCGUCGCAUAUUUGCGCUAGAAGAUAAAUGUAAAAUUCAAAUACCUUCAUAUGUCAGAAGAUUUUAUCAAAAGUUGUGCAUAAGGGAAUGGAAAAGAUCUCAUGGUAAAGUACUGUUUAACUUAGACGAUUAUAUUAAUGAUCGCCAAGCAAUGAAAGAGCAAACCGAUAAAGUAAAACAUAUCGAUCGUUAUCAGUUAUUAACUCAAUCCUCAGGAGAUAACAGAAGAUCGUUUCAUGCACGAAUCGUUGGUACCUUUCAAUGUGAGUUCUUUGAGUCUCCAUAUACGCAAAGAGUUCUGCAUCCAUACAUUUACCGAAAUAGUAAAUAUUUUCCACCAUUUUUAAAGCUCAUGUGUGAACUGCAGUAUAAAGUUAAUAAUAAAUACCCCAGUCGAGCUCCCAUCGAUUUCUGUUAUGUUCGUCCCAAUCACAUAGCUGCUGUUAAUUCAUUAUUGCAAACCGUAUUCUGGCCAGGCAUUGAUAUGUCAGAAUGCUUAAGCUAUCCUGAUUAUAGUGUGGUGGCGCUUUACAAAAAAUUGGUCGUCGGUUGUGGUUUCUUAGUCCCUGAUGUGGGUUUUAACGAGGCGUACAUAUCAUUUAUGGCUGUAAGACCUGGUUGGCAACGCAGCGGCAUCGGAACAUUCAUGUUAUAUCAUUUGAUACAAACUUGUAUGACCAAGGAUAUAACACUUCAUGUAUCCGCAACAAAUCCAGCCGUGGUGCUAUACCAAAAAUUUGGCUUUAAAAUGGAAGAGGUGGUCUUGAAUUUCUACGACAAAUACUUACCCUUCGAAUCAACAGAUAGCCGACAUGCCUUAUUUUUGCGUUUAUCAAGAUAAAUUAUGUGUUUGAUUUGAACGCAUUGUAUUUUAUUUGUUACCGUUAAAAAUAUACAAAAAAAAAUUAUGCAAAAA